AUGGACGAGAAGCCGUCCACCAGGAAAGGCCCAGACUUCUGCUCAUUACGCUAUGGACUAGCUGUGGUCAUGCACCUCUCCAACCUCACCAUAAUGACCCAGCGUGUGAGUCUGAGCAUUGCGAUCAUUGCCAUGGUCAACAGCACUCAGCAGCCCACUCCUGCCAACGCCUCCACUGACAGACCUCUUGCAGGUGCCCUCGAGGGCCCCAGCAGAUCUACCAAGGAAUUCAACACAGGGACCUCUGUGUAUGAAUGGAGCCCUGAGACCCAGGGCCUCAUCUUCAGCUCCAUCAGCUACGGGAUUAUACUGACGCUGAUCCCCAGCGGCUACUUGGCGGGCAUAUUUGGAGCGAAGCAGAUGCUGGGUGCCGGUCUGCUCAUCUCCUCCCUUCUCACCCUCUUCACCCCGCUGGCUGCUGACUGGGGAGUGAGUUUGGUGAUUGUGAUUCGGACAGCCCAGGGCAUGGCCCAGGGAAUGGCUUGGACAGGGCAGUUUACAAUUUGGGCAAGAUGGGCUCCGCCGCUGGAACGAAGCAAGCUCACCAGCAUCGCUGGGUCAGGAGCAGCGGUUGGGUCCUUCAUCAUCCUCUGUGUUGGGGGGCUCAUCUCGCAGGCCCUGGGCUGGCCCUUCAUCUUCUACAUCUUCGGUAGCCUUGGCUGCGUGUGCUCUCUGCUGUGGUUCACAGUGAUCUACGAUGACCCCAUGCGUCACCCAUGCAUCAGCAUCAGGGAAAAGGAGCACAUCGUGGCCUCGCUGGCUCAGCAGUCCACUUCCCGCCGACGCUCUGUUCCCAUCAAGGCCAUGGCCAGAUGCCUGCCUCUGUGGGCCAUUUUCAUGGGCUUUUUCAGCCACUUCUGGUUAUGCACCAUCAUCGUAACGUACCUGCCAACAUACAUCCGUUCUGUGCUCCAUGUAAACAUCGGAGAGAGUGGGGUCCUGUCCUCCCUGCCCUUUGUCGCUGCCUCGACGUGUACGAUUCUAGGAGGUCAGCUGGCUGACUUCCUUCUGUCCAGGAACCUUCUCAGACUGAUCACCGUACGAAAACUCUUUUCAUCCCUGGGGCUUCUCCUCCCGUCGCUGUGUGCUGUGGCCCUGCCCUUUGUGGCUUCCAGUUACGUGACGACCAUUGUUUUGCUGAUACUCAUUCCUGGGACCAGCAACCUGUGUGACUCAGGGUUCAUCAUCAACACCUUGGAUGUCGCCCCCAGGUACGCGAGCUUCCUCAUGGGCAUCUCACGGGGAUUCGGGCUCAUCGCAGGGAUCGUCUCCUCCACGGCCACCGGGUUCCUUAUUGGUCAGGAUUCUGUGUCUGGAUGGAAGAAUGUCUUUUUCCUGUCUGCAGCUGUCAACAUGUUUGGGCUGUUUUUUUACCUCAUGUUUGGACAGGCAGAAAUCCAGGACUGGGCCAAAGAGAGGACCCUCACCCGCCUCUGA